AUGUCUAGUGGGUCUCCUUGUGCUUCAAAAAAAUGUUAUUGUGGCAUUCCAUCCAAGAUGUUGACAUCGUGGACAACUGAUAACCCGGGGAGAAAAUUCCUGACUUGUAAGUUCUCUGAUGUUCACACUGGUAGGAAAGGAUGUGGUUGGUUUUAUUGGGUUGAUCCUGAUGUUGUGGAGUGGCAAAGAGUCGUGACGAAUGAAUUGGUGGUGGAGAAGAGAUUGCUGAAAACAGAGUUGAGGAUCAUGAUGACAGAAUUGCAGAAGUUGGAGGAUGACAAAGCCCUUCUUGUUGCUGCCAAUGAGAGGCUUGAAAGGAUAUGCAAUGGUGGAGUGGCUGGAAUGAAGGGGACAUAG